CCCUCAGCGUUCAGUGUUUUUAUUUAUUUCUUUGUUUCAUGUGUGCAUAAAACAACAACAAUGGUGGAUAAUUGAAUAAGUGGAGAUUCACGAGGAUGAGCGAAUGACAUUUCCACUUCCAGUUUACCACACCGAUAGAGAAUCAACAGGGGGAGGAUGAAGCGGCGCAAUGCGGACUGCAGCAAACUCCGACGGCCAGUAAAACGGAACCGAAUCACCGAGGGUAUUUAUAGCAGUACGUUCCUGUACCUGAAGUUCCUGGUGGUGUGGGUGUUAGUUCUGCUGGCUGACUUUGUGCUGGAGUUCAGGUUUGAGUACCUGUGGCCUUUCUGGCUUUUUAUCCGAAGUGUCUACGACUCCUUCAGAUAUCAGGGACUGGCGUUCUCUGUUUUCUUUGUAUGUGUGGCGUUUACGUCAGACAUCAUCUGCCUCCUCUUCAUCCCCGUCCAAUGGCUGUUUUUCGCUGCCAGCACCUACGUAUGGGUCCAGUAUGUCUGGCACACAGAAAGAGGAGUCUGUCUACCCACGGUAUCGCUGUGGAUCCUGUUUGUGUACAUUGAAGCUGCCAUUCGCUUCAAAGAUCUGAAGAACUUCCACGUAGACCUGUGUCGACCCUUUGCUGCUCACUGUAUCGGCUAUCCAGUGGUGACGCUGGGCUUCGGCUUCAAAAGCUACGUCAGCUACAAGAUGCGACUGAGGAAACAGAAGGAGGUGCAGAAAGAGAACGAGUUCUACAUGCAGCUCCUCCUGCAGGCUCUACCACCAGAGCAACAGAUGCUCCAGAGACAGGAGAGGGAGGCAGAGGAGGCUGCGUUAGCUAAAGGGAUCACCGAGGUAGAACCAGCAGUCGUUUCCCAAAACGGAUCAGCUCCAGCAAAGAAAAGCCCCUCAGUGCCGUUACCAGAACUGGAGUACCGGGAAAAAGGAAAAGACAGUACAGUGAAAGAGGGUAAAAAACAAAACUCAGUGGGAAUCAAUAACAACAGUAUUGUACACGCACUGGACUCCAAAGUACAGGAGACAGAGUACAUAGAGAACUACGCCGGGGCAAAGAGACUGAAUAACGACCUGGCGGGAGACAGCACACACACCGAAACCAACACACACUCUGCUUCUAAAGAGGAAAUGGGAAGCACGGGGAAGAACUACAAAAACGCCAGCGGAGGCGGGGGAAACAUUUCCAACUCGUCGCCUCGGAAUCACAGUUCUUCAAAUGGCAGCGUGCCGCCAGGUUCCUCGGCCAAUAAGAACGAGAAGAAACAGAAGGGGGCGGGGAAAGGCCAGAAGGACCCGGUGGAGAACUGCAUCCCCAACAACCAGCUGGGCAAGCCCGACGCCCUCGUACGGUAA